AUGAUCUCAUUUUUCCUUGCAGAUGUCCAGACCCCCACACUUGUGUGCCCUCCAGACAUCCUGACCUACUCUGACCCUGGGAUGAACUCCACCCUGAUCCACUGGGUGGUACGUCCGACCACUUUGACAGACAACGACGGCACUGUACCCAGCUACACGGUCCACCCCAACCACCCUAAUCCAUACCACUUUGAUGUCGGAGUCCAUGUGCUGGUCUAUAGCGCCACUGAUACGUAUGGUUUAACAUCACAGUGUCAACGUCACAUCCGUGUGGAGAAUGACAAGCCACCCACCCUGCUGUCCUGCCCUGACAACAUGGAGGUUACAGUACAGUCAGCUUCUGGCCAUACCCUGACCUGGACAGACCCUGUGUAUGUGGAUGACAACAACCAGUCAGUCCCAGUGGAGUGCACGGCUAACCAGGGACAGACAGUCAGUCUGGGGUCCCACAAUGUCUACUGCUGGGCUCAGAACUUCCCACGCAACAGCCGCUGUAAAUUCACCAUCACUCUCCUUCCACCUGCAUGUGAGGCUCCUGCCCCACCUCAGAAUGGGGUAGCAGUUUGUGGAUCCAUCCCAAACUUCCAGCAGUACUGCACUGUGCGCUGCAAUGAGAGAUAUGACUUUGCUGUGAUCCCAGCAGAUGAGUACAAGUGUGACUACAGUGGAAACUGGCAUGGGUCUCCAUUUCCCUGGCCAGACUGUUCAGGCCGUGUGAGACCUGGAAGGGCGACCCAGAAGAAUGACCUGUACUACUACCAUGGUAACUGUGAGGAAAACAUUGAGGAGAUCAAACAGGGUUUCCUUCAGCUGUACAACACUCUAACUAGUAGUGACUGCAGUGCUGUCAACCCUGCUAUCACCUGUAAUGUGACUGAUAUUGAGGUUGAGUGUGGAGUGACUUUUAGAAGACGAAGGGAUGUCAGUGAUGACAGGAUAAGAACAAGGGCAGAUGACCACAGAAUUGUGAAAAGACAGACCGAACAACAAGCAAACCUCAAGAUCUUCUUUGUCAUUGUGGCUGUGUUUGGUGAUGGAGGAGAUGUCUUACAGCAUGACCAAGCAGCCAUUGCUACUGCAUUGGAUGAGAUGUACUUCGAGAUAGCUGAUAAGGUGGAGAACAAGACAUUUGACUUACCACUAGGAAAUGAGACCCUGGAGCCCAUGCACUACACAGGCUUCUUGGCCGAGUUUGAGCUGAAUUGUGCCCCUGGACAACUGGCAAAGAUUGAGAACUUUGGAGCAUCAUGUGUGAACUGCCCAGUGGGUACAUAUGGGAACGGUACAGUGUGUGUGCCAUGUGCAGUGGGCUGGUACCAGGAUGAGGAGAUGCAAACCCAGUGUAAACAGUGUCCCGCUGGUACUUCAACUCUGUCUGAGGGAUCCAAGAACUCAACCGACUGCAGGGGAUUCUGCCAGCCUGGGAUGUUCUCAGACACAGGUCUGGAGGACUGCAGCCCAUGUGACAUUGGUUACUACCAGCCUGAGAGAAACGCCACCACGUGUCUCGCCUGUCCCGACAGCAAGUCCACAGUUGGCAUGAACUCCACAUCUCCAGACCAGUGCAUUAGUCAUUGCCUUGCUGGUCACUUCUCCCCCACGGGACUCCAACCCUGCGAGCCCUGUCCCCUGAACACCUACAACCCCAACCCCGGGCGCAGGGGCUGUGUGGACUGCCCUGGGACACAGGAAACAUUCUUCCUGGGGGCAACCAGUCCUAAUGACUGCUUUGCAAAUGACAACUGCCAUUCCAACCCAUGCCAAAAUGGAGCCACAUGUGAGGACCUUGUGGGGGGUUACCUGUGCCACUGUGCUCCAGGAUACAAUGGGACAGACUGUGAGCAGGACCUUGAUGACUGCGCCUCCACCCCCUGCAACAACAAUGGAACGUGCCAGGAUCUAAUCAAUGGCUUCAACUGCACUUGUGUGUCUGGCUAUACAGGUGACACCUGUCAGAUGGAAGUGAACGAGUGUGCGUCCUCUCCCUGCCAACAUGGCGGCACCUGUAUCGAUCUGUUCAACACAUACCAGUGCUACUGCCUCCCCGGGUAUGCGGGACACUCCUGUCAGCAGGAGAUCGACGAGUGCAAAUCCUCCCCCUGUCUCAGUGGGGCCAGCUGUGUGGAUGAGGUGGAUGGGUACAGGUGUGAUUGUCCACCUGGGUUUGCAGGUGACCACUGUGACAGGGAGAUUGAUGAGUGUCAGUCCCAACCCUGCCAGAAUGGAGGGACCUGUAACGACCAGGUCAACAUGUACAACUGCACCUGUGUGGAGGGAUGGUCAGGUCCACAUUGUGAGGUAGACACUGAUGACUGUGAGGGGGUGACCUGUCAGAAUGGAGGCACCUGUCAUGACAGACUGAAUGACUUUGUGUGUGAAUGUCUCCCAUCCUUCUCUGGCAAAACCUGCCAGCAUGCAAAUGCAGCUGACUUCGACCUGGUGUUCACAAAGAUAACCACUGCAGACUAUGCCAUGUUCAGGGCCGAGUUCCUACACAACCUGCCCCAGUUCACACUGUGUACAUGGCUCAGGACUUCAGACACCAUCAACACUGGCACCAUCUUCUCUUAUGCUGCUGAGAGUAACUUCCUCAACAGGGAUAACACACUCACAUUGAGCGACCCAGCACACCUCACGUUGUUUGUGAAUGGCGAGGAGGUGCUUCUGAAUGUGGCAGUGAACAAUGGCCAGUGGCACCACGUCUGUGUGUCUUGGGUCAGUGCUGGUGGCAGCUGGGAGUUCUACCUGAACGGCAACUUACAGAACAGUGGGGCCGGACUGGCCACGGGGACACAGGUCAUGGGAGGAGGAGUUGUUGUCCUUGGUCAAGAUCAGGACAGUGUGGGAGGAAGCUUCCACCCCCGAGAGGCGUACCAUGGUGAGCUGACCCGGCUGAACCUGUACGAUGACAAGCUGUCAGCAGGAGAUGUGGGGGUUCUGGCCGCCUCCUGUGUGGACAGGACCAGCGGGACUGUGCUGGCCUGGGGUGACUUCCGCCCUGCUGGGAUCUUACAUGGAGACCUACUGGCACGAACGCCGUCCUGGUGUCUUGACACCAAUGAAUGUCAGUCCUCGGAUGUUUGCAAUGGACGAGAGUGUCGAGACACCCGUGGAUCGUAUGAGUGCACGUGUCCCGCAGGCUGGACAGGGCAGAACUGUGACUUCAACAUUGAUGAGUGCAGUUCCUCUCCUUGUGCUAAUGGGGUGUGCACAGACGGCAUCAACGGCUACACUUGUAACUGUACUGUGGGAUACACUGGCAGGAACUGUGAAGAGAUGGUCAACCCUUGCGAGAAAUCACCAUGCCAGAAUGAAGGUUCAUGUGUACCAGGUUCACACGGUGACUUUACUUGUACAUGCACUGAGCCAAGUAUCAUGAACGAAGUCUGUGCAUAUGAGACACAAUUCUGUGACAACAACCCAUGUCAGAAUGGUGGCACCUGUUUGAACCUGAGGGAUGGCUACACCUGUACAUGUCCUACAGGGUUUGGAGGGACAAACUGCUCACUUUCUAUUGACCCUUGUGACUCAAGUCCAUGCUAUAACAACGGUACAUGCUCAAGUUACCAGGGUGGAUUCCAGUGUUCCUGUCCACCUUUGUACAUCGGCUCACAUUGUCAGGUCUACAACAACCCAUGUGUGGAAGGCCAGUCACCCUGCCUUAACAAUGGUACAUGCAACCCUACCAACAAUGGUAGAGGAUACGAGUGUGUGUGCCAAUCACCAGAAACUCAGGGAGAGAACUGUGAAGAGCUGUUGCCGUGUGCUGCUGCCCAAAAGCAGGCCCCUCCUUGCCAAAACAAUGGCACAUGCGUCAACAAUGGUAGUGGCUACCUGUGCGACUGCCCCUCUGGGUUUAACGGGGAGUUUUGUGGGACAGUGGACCACUGCGCAAGUGCCCCCUGCAUCAAUGGCGGUUCCUGUGUCACGGAGUCAGACGAGUACACCUGCAAGUGCACAAGGCCAGCAGAGAUGGAUGCCAACUGCCGCUACCUGGGAACCACCCCAGCUCCCACUCCUUGCGACCCCAACCCUUGCCUGUAUGGAGGGCACUGUGAGACCCAAGGUUCUAACUUUGUUUGCCGCUGUGCAGUCAAGCAUGAAGGAAUGACCUGCAACAAAGCCUUUGAGCUCUAUGACACCACCAUCAGGCUGAAUCUGGCCUACACCUCAGACCUGCGUACUCCAGAAUUUGAAGACAGCUUCAUCAGAAAUGUAAGUUUGGAUCCUAUAAUAAAUGUAACCUUCCUAACUUCUUUUGUCCCUGAAUUCUAA